AUGACACAGCAAGACCCAAACUGGAACCCGCCUCGCGGACCCAGAAACCGCUAUCCACACCGACGAGGCCACGUCCAAGCAUCAAGUGAUCCAAACCCCGCCCCGCAGAUCUUGCAACCGCAAAGUCAGCAUACUGAGUCGACUCGGAAUGCGCAGCAGCGGAAUAGUGAUUCUUUCCAAUACGAUACGCAGACGAUGCCAUACUGGGACGAUGCAAGCGGCGCAAUCCACGAGAUGUCUAAUGCAACACCGCGAAAUCUAGAUCGAGCAUACGCGAAGAACGUUGCUGGUGAGACUGGAACUACGCAUGACCAGCACCAGCAGGAUCAGGUUGCGGGUCUUCAAACUUAUGGUCAACAUCAGUGGCAUAAUCCGUAUGCCGAGAUUGUUGGCGGUGGACCGUAUGCACAAGAUCAAGCAACCCAUCCAACAUCUACAUCUACGCCACCGAAGAACACAUCUAGGACCGCUAUCAAAGACAACAAGGGCAACAGGAGGGAUUUCACACCCUACUUCGACGCCGCAGACCCGCGGAACCACACCGAUCUGAAAAGCCCAGAUAAAUACAACUUCCUCGGAACAAAAGACGUGAAUCAGAAGAUGCGCCAGGACACCACCGAUGCGAUAAAGCUAGCAACAGAGAAGCGAGGAAAGAUCAAGGUAGACCAGCCGUUACAAUCGCUACCUGAACAUGAGCCAAAGACAACACUAGUAAAAAGGAAGAGCGCGCCCCUCCCCCCUAUUUUACCUAGAUUCGCUUUCGAGAACCCAACAAUAAUAUCGGCGAAGCAGGCGAAGUCUAGGACUACUUCGUUUGGGAAGAGUGCAGAGACUCCAACUCAAUACAGCACUCCUCUUUCCGCGAUCAACGAAGCGCCAUCCCCGCUCAACGCAUCAAACAAGCGACAAAGUGUCGAUCGCACACCCACACUCGACCGCGUCCGCGCCCUCCGCGCAGAAGAACAAGCGAAAGCGCUUGCGCAACUCGAGGGUGAGAUUAAAGAAGACAAGCCCACUGAUGGCGGCGAACAACAUGUCCCCCGCGAGUUGGUCAAGAGGAUUAGUGACUCGGAAAGCCGGUGUGUUCCUAGAGUUACGUCGCGGGAAGAGAAGCGUCAUGCGUCUGAGUUUGUUCCGGGUAUGGAGGUAGCGGGACUGGAUGAGUGGGAGGGUGUUUGUAUGAUGGAUGAUGGGGAUGUCCGAGCGAAGGAGGAUGAUGAUGGUGCGGGUAGCAAUGUGUAUGGCAGUGAGAAUACUGCUCAGGAAGACGAGAUCGAGAAGUUGACAAAAGCGAUAGCGGGGUUGAAGCCGUUUCAAGAUCUGCCACCUCCGUCGCCGAAGAAGCAAGCGUUCGAGCGGAUGAGCGCUGUGCCGGUGGGGUUAAACGUAGGGAAGAUUGGAAAGGGAAAAGGGGGGUCGAAGGAUGGAGCUGGAUCGAAGCCAAAGCCAGAGGAACUAGAUGGACGGACGCAAGUUGAGGCAGAAGCGGAGCUUUUGAAGGUACUCAAUGCGACGAAUGAAACUAGUGGCGGGGGUAGCGCGGGCGUAGGAACGUCGCAGGAGAACUCAUCGGCGGAGUCUUUUGCGACGGUUUCUUCGGAUGAUUACGAACAGAUUCGGGCGGAGGAUGAGCUGGCUUCGGAGCAGAAUGGCGUGAAGAGGCGGUGGUACAAGGGCUUUCGGAAAGUUUGA